AUGGGCGCUCAAGCAUCCAAAUGUCGGUUCGACGUCGAGACGGGGUUUGGCCCCGCCGCCGACUGCUACGACGGCUUCGACUUUACUUUGCUGUUCGAGGAGUCUAUCCUCACUCUUGUGCCUGCGGGCGUCACAUUGUUUCUGCUGCCAUUGUUUCUGUUGCGGUUGCGUAAAGAAGAGAGAAAGGUGGUGGAGUCGUGGCUUCAUGUGGUUAAACUGGCUGGCUGGUUUGCCCUAUCCACAGUGACUCUCGUGCUGGUAGCCCUAACCGCUAGCAAGGGUCCCACGACACGGACCUCAAUCGCAGCGAAUGUUAUUGUUUUAUUACUGGAUAUUGGACUCGCGUUUCUCUCGCAUUGGCAACAUGUUCGCAGUGUACGGCCAUCAGGGCUGCUGGUGCAGUACCUGGCUCUGACACUUGUAUUCGAUAUCGCGCGUUGUCGCACGCUUUGGGGGGUGCAAUCGGCUGACAAGCUGGCCAUUGUGCUCAGCAUCGCCAUCGGGAUUAAAGCCGUCCUGUUCGUCCUAGAGGCGGCUGAAAAGCGCGGCAUCCUGCUACCCAAGUUUGUGACUCUGCCUUUCGAAGCUACCGCUGGCGAGUUGAAUCUAUGGUUCUCAUGGUGGUUGAAUCCGAUUUUCCUGCGGGGUUUCAAGAAGCAGCUGUCUAUGGACACAUUGUUCGAUGUCGACCCCAGCUUGAAAGCGAAUGACAAAGAGGAGGGUGAUAUCUUGGCUGAAAUGUGGAAGUACUGGAAAUCCAAGCUCCGCAAUCCUCCCCUGCUGGUAAUUUGUCUCGUGCAUGCCCGCGUGCCGCUGUUGAAGUCCAUCCUGCCACGUCUCGCCCAGAUCGCCUUCACCGUCGCCCAACCGUUCAUCCUGCAACGCACGCUAAGUUACAUUCAAAACGACGGGUACGAGAACAGAUCGUCGGUCGGCACAGGGCUUAUCGUCGUCUACGUGAUCGUCUACAUCGGUAUCGCGGUGACGACUGCCCUAGCGCAGCACUGGACCUUCCGGAUGAUUACGCGUAUGCGCGCAGGGCUAGUCGACCUGAUCUACCGACACACGCUGGAAAUGAUUCCUACAGCGCUUGAUGGCGCCGACGCAGUGACGCUCAUGAGCACUGACGUGGAGCGCAUUACCAGCGGGCUUCGCACGUUCCCAGAGCUCUGGGCCAGCCUUAUCCAGAUGGGCAUUGCCAUCUGGCUUCUGGCGGGCAUGCUUAACCUGGCUGUGCUCGGCGCCUCCGCCGUCGCCGUCGUCUCCACUGGCCUGGCCAUCUGGGUGGCCACCGGCGCGGGUAUCGCCCAGAAGGCCUGGCUGGACCAGAUUCAGUCGCGCGUCGCCGCGACAGCCAGUAUGCUGGGAGUGAUGAAGGCGGUCAAAAUGACAGGGCUGACGCAGGUGCUGGGCGACAAGAUUCGGCAGCUGCGCGAGGAGGAAGUCAAAGCCUCAUCUACGUUCCGGUUGAUCUUGGUGAAGCUCGUCACCCUAUCUAAUGUUUCCGAGGCCAUGAACCCGGUUGCCGCGUUUGGAUUAUAUAUCCUCUUACAGCGGUUCCAAGGCUACGCGAUCAUGGAUACGGAGCUGGUGUUGACUUCCUUAGUGCUCCUGCAGUUGUUGCUCGUGCCGCUGGCGAUGCUGAUUGACAGUCUCGCUGGAUUCGUGGGCGCACUGGGAUGUUUUCGCCGCAUCCAGGAUUAUCUGGGCCAGGAGACCAAGGUCGACGGGGAGAGUGCUCGGGCUGCUACUGGCGGGUCUAGUAGCAGUAGUGAGGUGGAGAGUCUUGCGCGUCGGGACAGACGGCGAACGAUUCCUAGCUUGGUCUUGCCGACUAUCGAGGUGGCCGAGUUUCGGUUUAGUUGGCUUUUGGCUGAUUAUUCUGGGGAACAGGGACGAGCAUCCAGGUUUUUGGGGGAGGAAAGAGGCGUUGGUGGAGGAGGGAAUGGGCCGGGCAAUGCGGGUCGUGUCGUUUCAGGUGUUGGUUCGAUGAGAUCCGCGCGGAGUCGACGCCGACGCAUUGUCCCUGCGCCGGUGAUUGAGUUUAAGAAGGUAUCCGCCGGGUGGAAGGACGGGAUGGUCGUACUUCAGGACAUGUCAUUCAAGGUGCCCCGAGGUCAACUAACGAUGAUUGUUGGGUCCGUGGGAUCCGGCAAGUCGACGCUGUUGUAUACCCUCUUGCGCGAAACCAAGGUUUAUGCAGGCUCGAUCAUCGGCUCUCUGGACGAAGCGGCGUUCUGUUCUCAGUCACCCUGGGUGAUCAAUACCACGGUCCAGCAGAACAUCACGGGCGACUUCGCGUUGGAUCCCCGGUGGUAUGCGACUGUGGUGCAAGCGUGCGCGUUGACCUUGGACUUGGCGCAGCUUCCCCAGGGAGACCAAACCAUUGUGGGGAGUUCGGGCAUCGGCCUAAGUGGUGGCCAGCAGGUGCGCAUCUCCCUCGCCCGUGCCAUCUAUUCGCGUAAGCGUACGAUUGUGCUUGACGAUAUCCUGAGCGGCCUGGACGCCACCACGGCGAAGUACAUCUUCUCCUCGCUCUUCGGACGUCAUGGACUUCUCGCUCGGCACGGGGUCACGGUCAUCCUCGCCAGCCAUGCCGUCCACUUCCUCCCCGAAGCCGACUACAUCCUCGCCUUGGGGCCCAAGGGCACCAUCGUCGAGCAAGGCACCUUCACCGAUCUGGCCAGACGCUCCCACGGUGGGUAUAUCCGUGGCCUGGAAGUCCGCGAGCGUCAAGCAGCCCACCACAAGCCCCAAGAAAGCAGCGUCACCCUCGAAACCAUCCCCGACAACGAAUCCCAAGCUGUGCUCCCAACCAUGGACUCAACUGAAAUCCCCGCCCGCGAUUGGUCAGUGUAUGCCUACUACGUGCAGUGUUUCGGCUGGCCACGUAUGGCCUUCUUCAUCUUCAUCAGUGCGAUAUUCGGGUUUGUGAUCGUCUUCUCGCAAGUAUGGGCCGAAUGGUGGGGAAACCACAAUACCCAGCACCCCAACGACAAGGCCGGAUAUUACUGGGGCAUCUACUUUGUACUCGGCCUCAUGGCCACUCUCUCCCUCGUCACCGGGUGUACCUUCUUCGUCAUGGCCCUGGCGCCACGCGUGGCCCGGACCAUCCACACGAGACUUCUUCAGACGGUCCUACAAGCCCCGAUGGCCCUCUUCUACACGACGGACAAAGGCUCCCUAACGAAUCGCUUCAGCCAGGACCUCGAACUCAUCGACCUCGAACUGCCCGUCUCGGUAGUGCAAACAACCAUGAUCCUCUGCAUCAUCCUCGCCCAAACCAUACUCAUGGCCGUCACUUCCAAGUAUUUAGGAGCCGCUCUACCCUUCAUCUUGGCCACCGUGGCCGCCCUCCAGGUCUUCUACCUUCGCACCUCGCGCAUCCUCCGUCUCCUCGACGUCGAGGCCAAAGCCCCGCUGUUCUCCCACUUCCUGGAAACCCUGUCCGGGCUCGUCACCAUUCGAGCCUACGGCUGGCAGGAUUCGUAUACGCGGCGGAAUUUGCAUAAGAUCAAUGAAUCGCAGAAACCGUUUUAUGCGUUGCUGUCGGUGCAACAGUGGCUCGGGUUGAUGCUGGAUCUUGUGGCGGCGGGGAUUGCGGUAGUACUUGCCACGAUCGCAGUCAUGACGAAAGGGUCGACAGAUUCCGGGUUGAUCGGGCUGGCACUGAUCAAUAUCGUGGGGUUUGGUAGUGCCAUUAAGAAGCUCAUUGUGUUCUGGGCGCAGUUGGAGACGAGUGUUGGUGCGGUGAGUCGCGUGAGGUCCUUUGUUGGCCGGGUGGGGAGCGAGCAUAAAGAUGGUGAAAGGAAUGAAGGGAGUGUUGGGCCGAACUGGCCUGAAAGGGGGGAGUUGGUGUUUGAUGCGGUAGUUGCCUCAUAUUCUUCUUCUGGUGAUGGCGAGGAUGGGGAAGGGGAGGGUGCGGGCGAAGUGGAGCCGGUGUUGAAGGGAAUUUCGCUGCGGAUUGAACCGGGUCAGCGAGUUGGAGUUUGUGGACGAAGUGGCAGUGGAAAGAGUAGUCUCGUUGCUACGCUAUUCCGAAUGCUGGAAAUGGACGCUGGUCGGAUUCUGGUCGAUGGGGUGGAUUUGGCAUCGGUCAGUCGCGAUCUCGUGCGGGAGAGGAUUAUUGCUCUCCCUCAGGAUGCGUGUCUCUUGCCUGGGUCGGUGAGGUUCAAUCUGGACCCGAGGGAGGAGAGGGGCGAGGAAGAAAUCGUGGAUGUUUUGCGUGAGGUAGGACUUUGGGAGGUGCUUUUGGAGAUGGUUGAGGCGGAGGAGAAGAAGGAUGAGGUUCAGGAGAAGAUUGCUGCACCUGGUGAUACUCCCCCUCCUGUUCCUAUCAAAAACAGCGAUGUCCUCAACGCCCCCAUGCCCACUACUGCUAUCUCCCACGGCCAACGCCAGCUCAUCUGUCUCGCCCGUGCUGCCCUCCGGCGCUCGACCAUCCUCGUCCUCGAUGAACCCACCGCCGCCGUGGACGUCGAAACCGAUGCCAUGAUGCAGCGGAUCAUUCGGUCGCGCUUCGCCAGCCAUACCAUUAUUACCGUCGCGCAUCGACUAGACACGAUCAUGGACUUUGACCGUAUCGCCGUGAUUGAUGCAGGCCGGUUGGCCGAGUGGGGCACUCCCAAGCAGUUGGUGACCGGAGACACCUUGUUUCGGAGGCUGUAUCGGGAUAUGCAUGGGGAGGAGGAUGAGGAUGAGGCUUGUCCCGCCUAUGAAGAUCACUACGAUCACAACGAGGUGGAUGAGGAAGAUGGCGACUACAGCUCUGCGAUGGAGACAAGUCCUUCGGCGGAGAGUCAGGCGGGGACGGUGGUUGUCGAUGAGCAGCAGAAUACUUGGAUUUGA